AUGCUGAGCAGCAGCAAUGAGUCCCAGGCUGCAGUAAUUCAGCUCUGCUAUGAGAACAUCAAUGGGUCCUGCAUUAAAACCUCCUACUCCCCAGGAUCCCGAGUCAUCCUCUACUUCGCAUUUGGCUUUGGGGCUCUGCUGGCUAUCUUGGGAAACCUCUUGGUCAUGAUUUCAAUCCUUCACUUCAAGCAGCUGCACUCUCCAGCCAAUUUUCUCCUUGCCUCUUUGGCUUGUGCUGACUUUUUGGUGGGAGCCACUGUGAUGCCCUUUAGCAUGGUGAGGUCAGUGGAGAGUUGUUGGUAUUUUGGGGAAAGUUACUGUAAAUUUCACACUUGUUUUGAUGCAUCAUUUUGUUAUUCUUCCAUUUUUCACUUGUGUUUCAUCUCCAUUGAUAGAUACAUUGCUGUCACUGACCCUCUGGUCUAUCCAACUAAAUUUACUCUGUUGGUUUCAGGAAUAUGCAUUGUGUUCUCCUGGCUCCUUGCCAUUACAUUUAGUUUUUCACUUUUUUACACAGGUGCUAAUGAUGAUGGACUGGAGGAAUUAGUAAGUGCCCUCACCUGUGUGGGAGGUUGUCAGAUGGCUAUGAAUGAAACCUGGGUACUGAUAGACUUUCUGUUGUUCUUCAUUCCCACUCUGGUCAUGGUCAUUCUUUAUUGUAAGAUUUUUCUAGUAGCUAAACUACAAGCUAGAAAGAUUGAAAGCAUGAACUGCAAAACUGAAUCAUCUUCAGAGAGUUACAAAGCCAGAGUGUCCAAGAGGGAGAGGAAAGCAGCAAAAACACUGGGCAUUGCUGUGAUAGCAUUUGUGAUUUCCUGGUUCCCCUAUUUUAUUGAAACAAUAAUUGAUGCUUUUCUAGGGUUCAUCACUCCAACAUAUAUUUAUGAAAUUUUAAGUUGGUUUGCCUAUUUUAACUCAGCCAUAAACCCUCUGAUUUAUGCUUUCUUUUAUCCUUGGUUUAGAAGAGCAAUUAAACUGAUUGUCACUGGGAAAGUCUUCAGUGGUCACUCUUCAACAAUAGAUUUGUUUUCUGAACAAAUUAAGGUUUUAAACUGA